AUGCACCCCUCACCAACCUCAUCGCACUACCAGACAACCCUGAGGGGGAUCCGAUGCCCGGGCGCACAACCCACAUUAACCCAAACGACAACCCCAAGGGAACACAACCCCACGACUACUAACCUAAUGCCAACAUCCAUACGCUGUGUCUCCAUCAACGCUAAAGGGUUAAACUCCCAUAACAAGAAACACAACAUCCUCAGAUGGGAACGCAAACAAAAUAUCGACAUCCUCCUCAUCCAAGAAACACACUUUACAACCCACUGCACAUUUCCCCUCACAAACAGAUACUACACACAAAAUGUUAAUGUUCCUUCCCCAGACACCAAGACUAAAGGUGUUGCAAUCGUCUUGAAAACAAGCUGUCCCCUAGCAGACAUCACCUGCACGAAAGACCCACAGGGCCGAUGCAUCACGAUACAAGGGAAAAUCUGAACAAUAGCAUAUGCCUUCUCAUCAGUAUAUGCACCCACAACGCCGGAUGCAUCAUUCUGGCAACAACUAGCAACCCACCUCAACACCUUUUCCACCACAUGCCUCAUAGUAGGAGGCGACUGCAAUGCUAUACACACACCCACCAUAGACAGAACACCACUCAACCCGGCACGCAUCCCCCCAUCCCAGAAUGACACUCUCUUCUCCCAAUUCUUAGCCUCACAGAACCUAAUCGACAUUUGGAGGGCGCAACACCCGUCCACCACAGACUUUACAUUCUACUCACACCCACAUGGAUCGUAUUCACGCAUAGAUCACUUCCUAAUCUCCCCAAACCUAGUACCCCAGAUCACCAACUCAGACAUCGGCCCAAUCUCCUGGUCCGAACAUGCCAAGAUAGCAAUCACUAUAACCUUACCGACAAUACAUAAACACUGGACGUGGCGUCUAAAUCCACUGUUACUACACGACAAACUGAUCAGGCACAAAAUAGCCAAAGCAAUCAAAGAGUACUUCGAAAUGAACUCUCCCACGGCAAUCACACCCAUGUCCCUAUGGGCCGCACAUAAGGCAGUCAUCAGAGACACUAUCAUUAGCCUAGCCACAUACAAAAAAAACAAGAGCAAACAACAAAUAAACAAAGCAAUGGCAAAAUUACGCCACCUGGGAACCGAUCACAAAAAACACAGCACCUCCACCACACUGACGGAACUGAAGUGA